GAUCAAUGUUUAUUUUCUCUUCCUUGUUUACAAACGAUGGCGAAGUUUCUGUUGCUUUUGGGACUUUUCGCAUUAACACAUAAAGCUGAGUUGUUUGACAUAUCAAACAUAUCAAAGAAACUGUAUAUAGCCAGUCACUUGCGAGAAAACGGAUUGACAUCAGGCACACGGACCGUCGCUGUUGAUUUAAAACACAGCGUGCAGAAGGCAGAAGACACUUUGGAAAAUGCAGUAAAAAGUGCUCUGCGCGAUAGACUAAAUCAAAGAAGUCGCAGAGAUGUCAGUGAGGGCCAACACCUGCCUACAAAAAAAGAAUAUGCAUUCAACGACAGCCAUACUCAGAUGAUUAUACACUGGGCAGGAGAUGAUAGUGAUGUUGUUAUUGCCCUCACUAAAGGCCCAGAGAUCAGUGGUAGACGUUCUGCAGGGGAAAAUAGCAAUGUGUUCAUAUCAAACGACUAUGGAAAAUCAUUCCAUUCCAUCAGGGAUAAAUUGAAGACAUUAGAUGGGCGUAAUGCAACUAUUUCCCAGUUCAUUAGCAACCCAGUCUACAAAAGCCAUUACUUCUUCCUAGAUGAUGUCAACCAGUAUAUAUUUACCACAUAUGACUAUGGGUCAAGUAUUUGGCGGCAGCGUGUGGAUUUUAAACCGACCAAAAUACUCUUUCAUCGAUCAAACUACAACUUUGCUCUGGCUUUGAAUGAUGGGAAAAAGUUGUUCCUGACUCAGGACUUUGGUCAAAACUGGCACUACAUUGCUAGUGAUGUAAAGUCCUUCUACUGGGAAGACUCUCGUUAUGGUAAUAACGACAACUGUAUUUACGUACACCGAGUCACAAAUGAGGAAGUUGGAAGUGUAAAUAGGGCCUGUAACUAUGGUGUACACGGGACACCAAACUUUAACGAGGAGACCAUUAUCUCGCACGCUCACGAUUUCGAGAUUCAGGGCCCAUACAUGUUUGUCACCAAACGACAGCAACUGUUGGGCGGCACUAACUACACCCACCAGUUUUACGUAUCAUACUACAGACAGGCCUUCGAGAUGGCACGCUUUGACCACAACCUCAAACAUCUGGAUUACUAUGUAGUAGACACCACAGAAGAUCAGAUCCUACUAUGUGUGAACCACGGGGAGGGUUCCACACACCUGUAUGUGUCCGAUGUUAAUGGCACGCGGUUCUCCCUUGCACUGGACGAUGUACUGUACUUCCACCCCAAUGGCUCAAACAAGGAUUCGUGGCUAAAGUACUACUUGAAUGAACCGUUUGCGGAUGUGACGAAGGUAGCUGGUCUGCGUGGAGUUUACAUCGCCACCCAGCUGACCAACCAAACCCUGACAGCAAGCAACCAGCGUACACUGAUCACGUAUGAUAAGGGUGGGGAAUGGCAGUUGAUCGAGGCCCCAGAGUAUGGUACCAACGGGGAUAGGCUGGCAUGUUCUACGGCAAGCAACUGUUCCCUGCACCUGUCCCAGAAAUAUGACCGUCUGUACGCAGGAAGCCGUACAUCACCAAUACUCUCUGUCAGCUCAGCCCCGGCAAUCGUGCUUGGCUCCGGGAAUGUAGGUCAGAAGAAAUACAUGGAUGACACUCUUGGACUGUAUGUGUCGGCUGAUGCAGGAAUUACUUGGAAUCAGGCGUUACUAGGGAAGUACCUGUUUGCCAUGUUAGACCACGGAGGCAUACUAGUAGCUGUGAGAUACCAGACCACUACUAACCAGCUACUAUAUUCGACAGAUGAGGGUCAACAGUGGCACAGGUACAAUUUCUCAGACUACAAGAUUCUCGUGCACGGCCUGCUCACUGAGCCAGGGGAGAAAACUACGCAGCUUUUCCUGUUUGGCUCAAACAGUACAGAACACUCAUGGAAAGUGGUAGCAGUCAACAUGUCUUCUGUGUUUAAUUACAUGUGUUCUAGUAAUGACUACAAGAAUUGGUCGCUACCUGACAACACCAAGCUUCAUGGCUGCCUGCUUGGUCGUAAGCUGCAGAUUCAGAGACGUGUCCCGCACUCUAACUGCUAUAAUGGCGAAGAUUACACUCAUGUAACGACCCUGAAUAACUGCUCCUGCACUCGAGAGGACUUUGAAUGUGAUUAUGGCUACAAGUCCAUGAGUGAGAUAUGGGACCCUACGCUGGUGUCAUGUAUUUAUGACAACGAGUCUGCCGCUGAGCAAAACCCCCACCAACCCCGUCCCUGCCCCGCAGGGACCUUCUACCCAUAUACCCGUGGGUACAGGAAAAUCCCAGGGGAUACUUGCACUGGUGGAGAGGAACAUCGAUAUUCACCCUUACAGUAUGCCUGUCGGGUUGUUGAUCUUGACGAGGUGCUGCUGUUUGCCACACCAACCUCUGUUAAGCGCUUAGUUCUCCCUGCAUCAGCUGAUGACAACCCGUCAACGCUUUUUUCACUCGCACGUAACAUCUCUGCCAUCUCCUAUCAGUACUCACAAAAUGGCUGUCUCUUCUGGGCAGAUAAUGCACAAAGGGCAAUUCAGAAAUUAUGUGAAGAUGGAAAAUCAAGAAUUCAGGUGCUUCACAACACAAGUAUUGGAGAAAUUACCUCCCUUGCAUAUGACUGGAGCGGUCAGAAUCUGUUCUGGAUUGACCGCAGGGAUCGUGUCCUAGAGGUAUCACGUCAAGAUGGCCGCUUCCGGCGGGAACUCAUCAAGGGCCUUUAUAUGGAUAACCCACAUUCACUCGUGCUGGAUCCGCGACAUGGCAUGAUGUACUGGGUAGAUGGCGCCCAAAUAAUACAAUCCUGGAUGGAUGGCACAAACUCCUCUGUGAAAUCGUUUUACCAGAUGUCGGGCGGCUCGAUAACCUCUCUCGCCCUGGACGAAGUGGAGGAGAAACUGUACUGGUUUGAGGAAGGGUUCUUACAUCGUGUAAUGUCCUCCAGACUUGACAGUUCUUCACCAAAUUUGGUCAAGAGCAUGUCAAGUAGAGUCUCUGCAUUAGCUGUUUUCAAGAGUAAUCUGAUUUAUGCAACAUCGUCCAGCAUCUCCAGCUGUGACAAACAUUCAUGCAUGAGGAGUGACCUCGUCCAGUCGUUCAUUUACAACACCCGUAGCCUCAUGGUGAUGGACAGUACCACACAGAAUUUGAACAACACCGCAUGCAAAGAAAAUGGAGCAUGUUCCGAGUUGUGUCUGCUGAAACCAUCGGGUGGGGGCAGUUCAACCUUGACACCGUCACGUACCUGCCGAUGUGGAACCAACACAACCCUUGCUGUGUUCGCUGGGGGCAGCAAUGAACAGUGCUGUGAUAAGGGAUUCUCUCAUAACGCUUCAGGGAAGUGUGCCCCGCAGGCUUGCGCAGAAAAUGAGUUUCAGUGUAGCAAUUUGCGCUGCGUAAAUAGUCUGUGGAAAUGUGAUGGGGAUAAUGACUGCGGAGAUUUCUCCGAUGAAAUGGAUUGUCCCAAGGUGACAUGUGAGGCAGACUAUUUCACGUGUGGUAACGGUCUAUGUAUUCCCGGAAUGUGGAAAUGUGACGGCGAUAAUGACUGUCCGGACAGCUCAGAUGAAGGAUCAGCGUCAAACUGCAUUUAUCCGACAUGUGGUGCGGACAAGUUCUCGUGCAGCGGUGGCCACUGUAUCAACAAGAACUGGGUUUGUGAUAUGGAGGAGGACUGUUCGGAUGGCAGUGAUGAACGUAACUGCAGCAGGCAUAUCAAUUGCACGGAAAAUGAGUUCAGUUGUCCCUCAGGCUUCCCACACUGUAUUUUGCGAGACAACAUUUGUGACGGCGUACAAAAUUGUGCUGGCGGCGCUGAUGAAGCCAACUGUACAAAAAUAAUUUGCCCGUCAUACAAGUGGCAGUGUUUGAACUCGACUUCCUGUAUCUACCCUUCAUGGAUCUGUGACGGGGAUAACGAUUGCCCCGAUAGAAGUGAUGAGCGGAACUGUAAUUCAACCACAACUCCCGCAUAUCCCACCACCAAACCAACAUGUGAUUUCCACUGUGCGAACGGCCAUGUCUGUAUUCCAAGGCAUGAACAAUGCGAUGGUUUUGAUGACUGUGGAGACUAUAGUGAUGAAAUUGGCUGCUCUCAGAACAACUGUUCAACACGCGAUUUCAAGUGUAGAAACAAUCGCUGUAUUCCAUUGUGGCAACGAUGUAAUGGACGAAACGAGUGUGACGACUGGUCAGAUGAACUCAAUUGUCAAACGUCAACCACAAUAAACCCAUUCUGCAGAUUUGACGAGUUUGCUUGCACGGAGAGCAGGCACCAGUGUAUUCAACGUGGCCUUGUUUGUGACGGGAAACCAGACUGUCAUAAUGGAGAGGAUGAGAAUAACUGUCAAGGUGCAUCAUGUGAUCCAGAGCACUAUUUCCGCUGUGACAGAUCGUCAGGCUGUAUCAUGCUGCGGGACAAAUGCAACGGCCAGUGGAACUGCCCAAAAGGGGAAGAUGAAGUGAACUGCAACUCUACAGAGCUCAAACCUAGGACAAAAGUGUGCCCCGACCAGCGACUGUUUCCGUGCAAGUAUGACGACAUGUGUUUGCCGUAUCUGAUGGUGUGUGACGGAAAGAUGCAAUGUCCUCAUUCCUCUGACGAGAAUCUGCCUUGGUGCUUCAACAAUGUUGCCAGUGACGGCCAUGUAUCGGUGAAGAUUGAAAGUGCCACAGAGGCAAGUGUGUUCUGGUCCCAAUAUAACAGGACGUCAGAAUACAUAGUAUCAUAUGCCUACCUGAUGCAACAAAACUGGCAUUCCUUCAACAAGACAGGAGGUCAUCACAACUCCUUGAAGUUGACGGGCCUGCAUCCUGCUGAGCACUACUCCUUCACAGUGUACGCUAUUCUGGGGAACGGUCGGGUCAUGAAAUAUCCCACAAUACAGGAGACAACCAAGGAUGGAGUGCCCGACCCACCAUCAAGCGUGCACCUGGAGUUCAAAGAGGAACUUGAGCUGGAUGUAACUUAUUUUUCUCCCAUUCUUACAAAUGGAAAUAUCAUCAGCUAUGAGGUGUGUCUGAGGGAUGAUCCAAAAACAUUCCAGGUUUGUGAGACUGAAGAUGGAGGAAAGCGCAGACAUGUCUUUUACAACUCUGGCUCGGUCAAGUUCCAAGAUAAGAAAGUCUAUGUAGUUCAGGUUGCUGCAAGCACCAUUGGAGGAAAGAGUGGUUAUAAAUCAAGCAACAUCACGUUCGGUCUACAAAAGAUAACAUCCUACGUUGGAAACAUUAAUGUUGAAAAAGUGGACACUAACGGGCUUAAAGUUACCUGGACUAAACCAACGUCACCUGUCCCCAUUGACAACUACGUAGUACAAAUACAGAGCUCCACAUAUACAGAAUCUGUCACAAUAACAGAGACUGAACAUACAUUUACCGACUUGUGUCCGGCCACAUGGUACAUGGUUGCCGUGGCAGCCAACAACAAGGAAUCUGGAUCUGGCCCUGAAAUCAGCACGAGCAGUCAAACAGCAGGUUUGGACGUACCAGUCCCCACACACAUUAAUGUGACCUUAGAUGGUGUUACCAGUGUACGUGUUACAUGGAAUGCCUCAGACAAUUACACAGGGGACUAUAUUGUGUAUUAUGACUACAAAGCCACUGAGCUGUACUCCCACAAGGUUCAGGACUUCGCCUUUAAAAAACCCGUCCCUAGCAGUAAAAAUUCCAACUUAAAUCCUACCACCAAGUUGACGGACCUACGACCUUGCGAGGUGUACUAUUUUAGGGUCGGACACAGCUGUCAGGGGAGUGACCUUUCACAAGCAGUUUCCAUAGAAACGGGUGCAGAUUUAAAUGCCCCACCGAAAGACGUCAGAUUUGAGUUCAACAAAAUGUCCAAAACCGAUGGUCAGCUGCUCUGGAGUGUUUGUAGUAAAGGUCUUCCAGCUGGUUACAUGGUAAAGUACCAGGAAACAAGUUCCAACAAGACCGCGCGCUACAUGAAACCCAUUCUGGAGAACCCGGAAGCCCAGUUCCAAUCCACUGAGAUAAAGGGUCUCCUACGGGGAGCAAGGUACCAGAUAAUGGUCCGCAUGAACUCGACUGGGGCUCAGUGGUCAGAGAUGUAUGACUUCUUAGUGGAACCCUAUGCAGCCCCUACAGACGUUGUGUUCUAUCUGACGUCAGUAACCAUUGACACUGGUGAAAUACAUUGGAAGGCCCCUAAAGAUUUACCCCCCAAGACUAAGCUCUCUGGGUACCAAGUGCUGAUGUAUGCACAGCCACCAUCCAGUGGUCAACAGAAGUGUCCCCAGUUGGACAAGUUUAAAGAAGUAAUUGUCACUAUGAAGAAGCAGGCAAUGAUCCGUAAACUGCCUCCUGGUCAAUUGGUCUGUGUAGCAGUCAGGUUGAACAAGGUGGAUGGAUAUUAUGGGGCAGUCAGUGACAUGUUGGAGACCGGUGUACCAGGAAUCUACCAACCACCUGCAGCUAACACGGACAGUAUUGCUCUGAGCCGAACCAAUGUGAUAGCCAUAGGCGUGUCUGUUGGCGUGGUGAUAGUUGCCUUGGUUACCGUGAUUGUAUGCUUCAUCACACGUCACCGACGGUUACAGAACUCAUUCAGAUCUUUUGCCAGCAGUCACUACGAGGCCAGGUCUGGCACGACAACAUUCACAGGUGCAGAUGAAUUAGAUGACGGUGAUUCCCCAUUAAUCCGAGGAUUCUCCGACGAUGAACCGCUUGUGAUUGCAUAGUGAUUUGAGAUAGAAAUAACGGGGCUUUCACUGUAAUGAAGGCAUUUUGAAACAGUUGAAUCCCCAAAGGGACGUCUGCUGGCAGGCUAUGCUCUGAAAUCUCUUUAUGAAAAUUAUUGAAGACUGUUCUUUCCUCAUGUCAACUGCUACAAGCAAUAAAAAUGAUGCUGAGCCUCCAUUGUUUGAAUAUUUAAACAAGUUAAGCCAAUAAAAAGACAAUGUCAAAUAAAUAACUGAACAUGCAUAAUUAUAUACAGUUUUUGCAGUGCGUUUGUUCUUUAUUUCAAUUGAAAUUGGACACAAAAUGACAUAUUUUGCAAUCUUCAAAGACCAAAAAGUAUUGUUUUGAUAUUGUUUUAGUAUAUUUUUGUAUUUAAUAAGAAAACAAAUCUUUACUUUUGAUUCAAAAAUAAAGUAUUUGAGGACAACGUACCAUAAAAUGUGAAUUAUUGUUGUGCUUUUUUCAGAGGAUUUGAUUACAUGUUUUGGAUAAAAAAAUGUUGAAUUAUGAUGUUGAGGGGUAGAAGGUAAAAGGCUCUAAAUAAUGUUUUUAAUAAAUGUCACUUACAACCUUUUACCUUUCAUCCCUAAAUAUGUUAUUAUAUAGAUGUAAAUGAUUGGUUUUGAACCAUAGAACUAUUAUUUCAUUGUAACCAGAUAAAAUCUGUAUGUAUUAAUAUUCUCAGCUAAUAUCUGCUAUUUGCUACUCAAAGGGAAAACUAACAUAUCAGAGGACGUUUUUAUGUCAUUGUGGUUUGGUUAUUUGUUUAAUGUUUGUAUUAUGAUUUCUUAUGUAAAUGAUGCAAUAAUAGGAGAGCUUGGCGCAAAACAGAUGUACCUUCAUAUACAAAUAGGAGGUGGUACUUCAGUCAUGCGCUUAGCCCUCAAAUAGUUCUCACAAUGGUAUGUGUCAAGUAGGGUUUUAGCCAGGAUUGAAAAUGGCAGAGUGCUGCAGAAGGGAGACAACUGUUCCUAAGGGUGAUUAGGGCGCUAUGUAUUGGGCUGUGAUGAAUUUGAAUAUAAUGAAUUUGGACAAAAAAGGAUAGGAAAUGUGUUUAAUGGUGAAGUUUUGGGUUUCAACAGCUAAAUACAUUAAGUUUUUAUGUACAAAUUUAUAAACAUGUAAAGUUUUUAAACAAAGCAAAUGUUUCAGUAUCUGUAUCAUUGAAUUCUAUGAAGGCAGAAGAGUGCACUGGCUGGUCUCCAUAAAUUAUGGACAGAAGAAUGUUAACAAAAAGACAAGGGGCUGAACCCUUCCAUAACUCUAGCUAAAACCCUAUGUGUGAUGAUAGAAAACAUUUUAAGUAUGAGUGUGAUCGUGAUUUUGUAAUAUACAAAGUAUCACCAUGUUUGUUACAAUAAUUACAACUAUUUUUUGUUAUUUGAUAACAUGUUUCUUAUCUGCUUGUUUAAUUCCUGCAUUCUAAAGUUUUACAGCUCUGAUCAAAUAAGCAUAAGCCCACUUAAUGUUUUGGAUUUUGUUAAAUUUUGUUUAAAUUUUUGGCUUGUUUAAGAAAUAUUUGAUUUUGAUGACAGUUACAGUGUUAUUCAACCCACUGUUGUUUGAUUUUAGAAGUCAAAUUACGAACAUCUGAAUACAAAAGGUCUGAUUUACAGCAAUCUCUUAUGGUUUACACCAUUCUUGUGAAGAAUUUCAGUCAGCUGAUUUAAUGCAUUGGAAUCUCUGUUCUACCUAUAUAUUUCGCUCAUUUGCUGUACAUUUUCUGUCCGGUUAAUUUUUGUUUUGUUUUUCUUCCAUUUAUGUUUUUCUUUUGAUAUUCAUUUUACACAUAUCUGCUUUAAUAUUUUAAGAGAUUACUCUUAUUAAUUUUGUUUUUUGUUCUGUUCACUUUUCAGUUCAUACUGUUCUGUACAGUACUGUUUUCAGUUCACAUUGUUCUGUACAGUACUGUUUUCAGUUCACAUUGUUCUGUACAGUACUGUUUUCAGUUCACAUUGUUCUGUACAGUACUGUUUUCAGUUCACAUUGUUCUGUACAGUACUGUUUUCAGUUCACAUUGUUCUGUACAGCACUGUUUUCAGUUCACAUUGUUCUGUACAGUACUGUUUUCAGUUCACAUUGUUCUGUACAGUACUGUUUUCAGUUCACAUUAUUCUGUACAAUUUUCAUUGAAACAUAUUUCAUAUGAUGUAAAUCUUACUGUGUGUUUUUACAAGUCCAUGUGCUUUAAGCAAAUGUUUUCUUUAUCUUUAUCUGUACAUAUCAACUAAACUAUCCUUUGCACCAUAAACUUACAUGUUUGUCUUCUCAUAUAUAAUAUUACAAUGUGUGUGUGUUAAAAUUGAAGAAAUUUUACGCUCAUUUUACCAUCAUUAAGUUCUAUUUCUUUGGCCUGCAUUUGUAGGUAUAAAACAAUAACCUUCACAUGCAAGAGACAAAUAGUUUAUUUGGAAAAAAAGAUCACAUUAUGUAUUUAAAAAUUGCGAAUUGUUUGCUUAUACUUUGUUAUCAUAUCACACUGUUAUGUAAAUUUAGUCGACCUCUUAUUGACAUGUUGAUAUAAUUAAGCAAAAUGGAAUCUGAAAAAAGUUUGUAACUAUUGUAAGAAAUGAACCAAUAACAAAGCAACUCGGUAUACCAGCGGAAAUGAGAUAUUUGAGCUAUUGGCGAUAAUAAUAUUGUCUUCUUAAUGUUACUGUGUAGUUUAAUAUGUUAUCACAAUAAUAUCUGUAGCAGGGUGAGGAACAAUUCUCUUGCCCUCUCUUGAAGGAUACAGUAUUGGUUUCUUCCUAGGAAACAGACUCUGGAGUGAUUCAGAUCAGCUCUCAUCUGUCUUCUCUAUAAAGCUAAAUAAACUACUAUAAACUAACAUAAUUAUUUCCUGGGUGCCAUGAUAAACAAACAUCAUUUCUCUGGGGGGUUUUCAAAUUUCCUUUGUCAAAGCAGGAAAAUAAUGAAUUUUAUAUCUGGACUUUCUAAUGGUGUGUUAUCAAGCCAUUGUAAUAUUUUUAAAAUACUAUCUUAUGAAUAAUCAAUAUAACCACUUACUGUAUAUAGUUUAUAGUUUCUUUUUUUUAUUGCAUUUGUUUAACAUUCAAAAGUUCAAAGCAAAGAAUGCUCAAUUGUUGCUUAAUUUGCCGACUGGCCUCAUUGAUGGUAAUGAUUGUAUGUUGGUGGAACCAUUUUCAGGAAUGUUAAGUUCAUCUCGUUGUAAUGUGAUUGUUAUUACAGUUGACCCCCGUUGGCUCGAAUUCGCUUGGCUCGAAUUCAUUGUUGGCUCGAACUGGAUGUAAAGGACCGAUUUAUUUAUACUUAAUAUAAGCUUUCCAGCUUGGCUCAAAAUUUUCGAGGCUCGAGGUAUUUUCGCCAGGCCGUGGGAGUUUUAGCCAAUGAGGUUCGACUGUAUAUUAAAGAUUAUUUGACUGAAGUAUACAUGUACUGUGUUUGAAUUCUGUUUGUACUCAUUUUGUGCAAUAGUUCAAUGCCGUUUGACCUAAAACACCGUUUUAUCUACCAUACAUCGUUAUGUUUAAUACAUAUGCUAUUUUAAUAUAUUAGAUCUUAUAUCUAAAGGAAUUGUAUUAAUGCCUUGAGUGUAUUUAAUGGUAUAUACAUAGUAACCAGGUACUAUAAACUGACAUUCCAAAUAAUGAUCCAUUCUGAUGCCUUUAAUUACAUGUAUGAUUAAAACUAGACCAAGAGAAGCUUGCUAUGUUUCUAAAAACUGAUUGGAUUUUUUCUGUUAAGUAUAAUUGUACAAGUACAUAAAAUGAUAAAAAAAUAUGGUUUACAAAUUUAACUAUGUUUCAACCAAAUUUCUGUCAACACGAAAAAGGUCACGGUAGAAUUAUUCAUUUGAAGUGAGAAAGUUUCUUGUUAAUAAUUGUUUAUAAUUAUGCACCAAAGAACUGGUUAAUGAGUGUACAUACAAUUGUGUAGUAUGUUGUUCUUACAAUUGCCAUGUUACUAGUUUACAUUCCAUGUCUAUAGCGGGAAGUUUUAAUGGUUCUGGGUUAUACGUACCAAAAUAAUGGACCUGGAGAGGAGUGUCGCAGACAUUUAGCCAAUUAGUUUGGUAAAUGGAUUAACCAGAUUAGUGUUUGAAAUUAUAUUUUUUCUUUAAAUAUUCACCUAAUCAAAAUUAACAAAGGAUACCUGCUGAUUUACCCCAAAUAAAAAGAUAAAAGUACUGCAAUUUGGAAAUACUGCCAUCCCAUUAGAAAAAAAUGUAAUUUUGAACACUAAAGAUAGUAAAAGAUUUUAGUUGUGUUGAGUGCUACCAUACUUGUAGUGUCUUAUAAUGGUGUACAUAUUGUUCUGUUUUCACUGGUUAUACUAUGUUUUUGUUUGAAUUAAACCUUUUCGCUUUUGA